AUGUUCAAGUCCAGUGCAGCCCCCAAAGUUAUCCUCACGACCUUACGGCAACAAGAUCCGCAAAUAUACCUCACCAGUAAAGACAUCUCCAAUGUAAAAGCCCGACUUCUACGAGAAGAUUUGAACGACCGUACACCUCUGGAGGCCCUGCUAGACGAGCUGCAGGAAAAAGAGGUCAUGCAUGACUAUGCCAAAGACGAUGAGGGUCGAAUCACACACCCCUUCUUCGCUACGCCAAGUGCUGUUGAUCGAGCCAGAGAGUUUCCCGACGUUGUAUCAAUGGACUUUACGUACAAGACCAACAGGUUCAAGCUCCCACUCCUCCACGUUGUCGGCAUGACCAGCACCAAUGCUACAUUCUCCAUAUGCUUUUGCUUUAUGAGCGGAGAGACAAAAUAG